AUGGAAUCUUGCGCACGACGUCGUUUAUCUCUCCUUUAUUCACAUAUCAACCCACCUUCAGAACCCACAACGCUGCCCGCUCGUCUUGUUGCUUCAGCUUGCGCUGCGGAUGCCAAUGGAGGUCACGCAGUGGAAAGGAGGCACGGUGAUUGUGUAUUUUGCAAGAUUAUUCGCGGCGAAGCUCCUGCUCUCAAGUUAUACGAAGAUGAUGAGUGCCUGUGCAUUUUGGAUUCUUAUCCUUUAUGUUAUGGGCAUUCUCUCAUUAUUCCAAAGUGUCAUUUCCCUUCACUGGAUGCAACUCCUCCAUCAAUUAUUGGGGCUAUGUGUUCAAAAGUGCCCUUAAUUAGCAAUGCAGUCAUGAAAGCUACUGGCUGUGAUUCAUUCAACUUGCUAGUCAACAACGGUGCAGCUGCAGGUCAAGUCAUAUAUCACACCCACAUCCACAUAAUCCCCCGUAAAGCACACGAUUGCCUAUGGACUUCUGAGUCUUUACUAAGGCGCCCUUUGAAGCUUGAUCAAGAGGCUUCACAGCUUGUUAAUCGGAUUCGUGAGAGCUUGGUGUUUGUCGAGAACUAUCAAGAUAGCAAAGGUACUCAAGCAUCGAGUCUUGUCGAGAAUUAG